CGCAGCAAUCACAGCCGUUGUUCAUUGUUUCCAAUUCGACAGAAGGACAAUGCUCUCUUCAACUAAUAAUACUCGACGACGACGACCUCAACAGCAGCGUUUGACCUCACUGACUACUACUCAUGAUUCGUCUUUAUCUUAUAGACGUCUGCUGGUGCAGAUUCAAGUUCGGCAUGUUUGGUAUCUCGUGGGAACUCUGAUCUCGGGUUUACUUGUGUCCGAAGGUUACGUGUACUACAGCCAAGUGCAGCAUUGGAAGAGCCAACUCAAGUUGUGGAAACGACCCCUUGAAUUCAACUACAUUAUGGCGUCAAUGGAUGAACAGCUCAGGGAUAUGCUAAGACGAAGUUCUCCAAAACCACAUUUUCACACUUUUCAAGAUCUUGUGUCACAAAGCAGUCCCGCGACUACCACCAGUACCACUAGUGCAGAUAUGCCAAAGAAUAGGCAGUGGGAUUCCGUCCUUCAGGAAGUGUACUACCAUCUUUACAACCAAGAAACUGCUGCUAGUACCAGUACGGACCAGCAAAAACUAGCUACAGAGAACGACAAUGACAAUGACGACUUUUGGUUCCAACCCAUCUUUGCAAAGCGCAAGAAAACAAAAAAGCCCUCUUCAGCACAGCAGCAACAACAGCAACAACAGCACCGUCGUUCGUUUGACAUUCAAGAAUGGCUCCAAACUGAAAAGGCCACUACGGGGGGACUUCUCGACAAGGAUCGGAUACUAUUAGGUCAAAUAUACAGCCACGCGCAUUCGGUCAUGGAAUAUGGACUGGGAGAAAGCACUCUCAUGGCAGACUAUCUAGGCGUCACACGAUACGUGGGAAUUGAUUCCGAUCCGGAAUAUGUCGCCAAGACACGGGCUACGCUUCUAAAACAACAUGACAACGAAGACGAAGAAGAAGGCAGCAACGCAAAUGAUGACGUUCAUGAUCAUUUCCGAUUCUAUUUUGCCGACAUUGGAGAAACACGAGCAUGGGGGUAUCCAUCCAAGCCAUGGCUGCCCAAGAAUAUUCUUCAUUAUGAACUAUUGCCCCUCAUAAUGGAACCAAUUCCUUUUCAAGUCUAUCUGGUGGAUGGACGAUGGAGAUUGGCAUGCAUGCUGCUCUGCUUUUUGCAUGCCAGUGCAAUGACAAACAACAACAACUUGCAACAGGUUUUCCAUCAAUCAUCAUCAUCAUCAUCAUCCCAACAGCAGACACAGCAGCAGCAGCAGUUCCUACAAUUAACAUUUCAAAUCGACGAAACGAGUCAAGACCAUCAUCACCACCAACUCCAUCAUGACGAUCAUCCCAUGGGCGACAACAAUCUUAAUGCGACAAUCACUACUUCGCCCGAUUCCCCCAUCGUCCUCAUUCACGAUUGUCAUCGCUACAUGGCAGAAACGGAAUGGGCACGAAGAGUAUACAAAGAAGCAGAUCAUUUGCUGCAAUUGAUACAUCAUUCGGGGGCAAAACUAUGUGUCUACCAAAGACGAAACACUACCACUGAUGAACAGCUAUUUCAACUGUGGCUUCGAUUUGCGCACGUUGUGGGGUAG